AUGAUAAUAGUAAAUGAUUAUAUUUUAAUUUUUUUAGGAUUAUUAAUUUUAAUUUUAGGUGUUUUGAUUGGAGUGGCUUAUUUAACUUUAUUAGAGCGGAAAGUUUUAGGUUAUAUUCAAAUUCGUAAAGGGCCUAAUAAAUUAGGAUUAAUUGGAAUUUUACAACCUUUUUCUGAUGCUAUUAAAUUAUUUACUAAAGAACAAACUUAUCCUAGAUUUUCUAAUUAUUUGAGAUAUUAUUUUUCUCCUGUAGUUAGAUUUGUUUUAAGAUUAAUAAUUUGAGUAUUAAUACCUUAUUAUUUUAAUUUAAUUAAUUUUAAUUUAGGUAUUUUAUUUUUUUUAUGUUGUACAAGUUUGGGAGUUUAUACAUUAAUAGUAGCUGGAUGAUCAUCUAAUUCAAAUUAUGCAUUAUUGGGAGGUUUACGAGCUGUAGCUCAAACAAUUUCUUAUGAAGUUAGUUUAGCUUUAAUUAUAAUAAGUAGUGUUGUUAUGAUUAUGGAUUUUAAUAUAUUAAAAUUUUUUGAGUAUCAAAAUUUUAUUUGAUUUAUUUUUUUAAUAUUUCCAUUAAGUUUAUGUUGGAUAUCUUCAAGAUUAGCAGAAACUAAUCGUACUCCUUUUGAUUUUGCUGAAGGUGAAAGAGAAUUGGUGUCUGGGUUUAAUAUUGAAUAUAGAAGAGGAGGGUUUGCUUUAAUUUUUUUAGCUGAAUAUUCUAGAAUUUUAUUUAUAAGAUUAUUAUUUGUUUUAAUUUAUUUAGGUGGUUACAGAAUAACUUUAUUUUUUUAUUUUAAAUUAAGUUUUAUUUCUUUUUUAUUUAUUUGAGUUCGUGGUACUUUACCACGAUAUCGUUAUGAUAAAUUAAUAUAUUUAGCUUGAAAAAGAUAUUUACCAGUUUCAUUAAAUUUUUUAUUAUUUUAUUUAGGAGCAAAAAUUUUUUUUUAA